AUGCCACAAAAAGUUUCGACGUUGUUGGUGCUAGUUGCCUUUCAGGAUGGGGUUCACGUGACUCUCUGUGCUUGGCUGGGGACUGGACGAUACGGCAGCCAUCCGAUAAUACUCCCUCUUAAAUCUCGGCGGAUUACCGUGAUAUCGCUAAUAGGAGAGUAUGACUCGUUCCUUGGCGAACGACCGCAGCAAAAUGUUUCAGGACAUCCGUGUAAGCCAACAUCAGGUGGCUUGAGUAACUGGCUGAACACAACACAGCCCUAUCUUGAUGGAUACUAUGACUGUGAGCGGCAGAUUGUCUUCUUGACGAUGAAUACGUUACGAGUGGAGAGCAUUCUUCACAUUCUCAAUGAGAAGGGCUGUGAUAUCGAAGAAUUUUCCACCGUAACGGAAUAUAAUACAUUGCGGUUAUUGUACUACCUUUUGAUUGUUUCACAUUUUAUUGUGAUAACGACAAUUGGGACGCGACUUAAUCCAGGCUAUAUAAAACUGUUCAAGAUGCUGGAGAAAUUAAGUUCGAAGAUGCGAUACGCAGUGGAUGCGUGUAUACGGACACUGCCUCUUCCGCGAGACUGGUUAAACGCCGGCAGAGCAUCCAUUCCUAGGCUAUUGUUUGUCUUCAAACUUUUGCCCCAUGUGGCAAGGAAAUUCGCUCAGGACCCAGGUUCCGUCAAGCAACUGGAGCAAAACCUUGUGAACCAAAUUUUCAAUACCUUCUACGAAACCGGGGUUACUGGCAACACACCAGUCAACCAACUCUUCAUACUUCCUGGACACAACUUCGUUCAUGUACUCCUAGGAACUGAAUAUAGUUCCUCAGGAUCCGGCGGUCGAAGGAUGGUACACGAUGGAGACCUUGCACAGGAAUACUUAGAGUCUAUUUUAGACAAUAUGAACUUUGGUCAUUUGAGCUCGAAAAAGGAGACCAAGCGUAGCCAUUUGAUUCAAUCUUGUCUUAAGCCGACCGACAUGAUGUUUGAAGCACCACCAGAGCCUACAGCUUGGGACUAUCCACCUCCAGAUCAGCCUGAGGAACACACGCUAGCUGCGUUUCUUCACAUGCAUGUGAGCAACAUGCUGGAUCAACUUGCCAGUCGUACAGGAGGCUUUAGUCAAAAUCCGUUGGUACAUGAGUUGCCCACAUGCAAAGGAUGGUUUAUGGCGUGUUACAAAUUGUAUACGAGUCUCAUGGCGGAUGACGUCUUACCAACGGAUGUGGUCCCAGAAAUUUCUGCUGAUCAGUUGUGUGAAGAUUCCUCGGUACGAACUUCGCUUGCUCAAGCAUGGUAUCGCUCCUUGAUGGCACUUGUCUCCUGUACAACAGUACGAUCUUCCGGUCUACCAAGCUCGGUUAGUCAAGACCCAGUGGUUGGCGGCGAGCAUACAACGAAAGACAUCGUUCGUAGUCAGUCACUUCGCACCGAUCCACUUUACAGGCUCUCUGAAAUUCGAUGUCGGGCAGCAUUGACAGCCGCUGAAGUUCAUUACAAGCAGGACCUUCCUAUUCACUACUCGAACACUUACCAUUUAGUCAAGGUCGUUUCUGCCUUCAACGUGGUAAUCAGCUUGGCCCGCGGUCCCCUUGUCUUCGCAACAUUGGAGCAGUUGUCAAAAAGGUUAGCCCAUCUUUACCUUGCUGGUCGUGUGACCUGCUCGGCAGUUUCUCUAACUGGCCAACCAUGUCAGCAUGAGCUCCAUCGGCUCCCCGAGGAGGGUGCAAGUUUACGUGCCAUUUUUCUGCCUGCUGGGAAAGAGGCUGUAUGUUCGGAGUCCAUAAUAACUUCACGACUAGCCACCGGAUUGAAUCGAGAGGCAAAUACCCUUUUGGAUAACUUGGUUCCCUUCGGUCUCUCUGGAAGGUGGAGAAUUUACUGGCUCCAGUCUCUCCUGACUGACCAGUUGACAGUUAAGACAGAUGGCGCGAAAGUAGAUGCUGAUGAAGCGGUCGUAGGUGGAAGCUCGUCACAGAAACCAGAUCUCACUCCAGCUGAGUCGGGAGAUGACGAGACCAAUCAACAUCUAACUGUCAUGCCACAUCGUUCGGACGUCAUCUUGAUCAAUGCCUGCAGCUGUGGUCGUCAACAGGCUGAGCGACCGGACCCCUUUGAUUACAAAGAAGCUAACUGGCGCUUCUACUCUACGUUGGCUAACAUGUGUUGUAACAAGCUAACCAGUAUAGCUCUUGCGCCACAGUUCCUUUGUGACCAAGGUCAUCCGUUUUGUCUACCUACUGACUCAGUUGCCGCAACUGCUUCAUUAGCAGAAGGGCAAACUGUAUUUCGAGCUUCAUCACAAAUCCCCUCGGAUGGUAGCUGUGCUGCCGCACCCGUCGCGGUGCUCACAAGGCGCAUGGCUGCUCUGGGUGUGAGCACCGAUCAUCGUCCUCUGCAUUCCGGAGAUAACCUGUCACCACAGGAACUUCUUCUGAACCAACCAGAUCCAGCGGAUGCGGACCUUUCCCAACCGGAUGAGGAAGAGUUGAUGAUUUUAUCGACCUCUGAACUGGGAGAUGUAGAUUUUAGAACACGCCAACAACCCAACGAAAACGAUGCUACUGAAAACCUAUCCGCAAUGGAAGGAUCGGAAUCUGAUAGUACCAGCGAAUCUAGUCUCACUUCACGAGCCCCUCCUUCAGAAGACGAGGAAGAAGUUGAUGUCGACCAACCUUUGGCUGGAUGUCGACGUCUUCCCGCAAAAGAUGGGUCUUGUAGUGAAUCGCGGUCACCUAGUCCAUCUAUGCCAGCUGAGCACAGUGCUCCUCUAAGAUUGGUCGUUCGCUUCCGGGACGGUGUCCCUUCCUCCAACUGGAUCGUUGGAGAGAUCCCGCGCUACCCAUCUUGGUCCAUCUAUGCUUUGGGAAAAUAUUUCAGCUAUUCUCAUUCCUCUGGACUAUCCUGCAGAGGCUUCCUGAGGAAUAGCAACUUCUUACUACCAUGGGAUGUGACUAUUGGAGCCGGUGCGUGGGCCUUCUCUGAUCGCGGCGGUCGUGGUGGUAAAUCUGGUCGCGGAGGAAAGUUUCGUGGUGGUAGAGCAGAUUCGGAUACGGUAAAACUGUUUAUCGGUUUUGAGAUGGAGUGCCCGUUGGGUCACCGCUUCUUCCUUGCCGGUCCAGAUCGAGCAAUGGACGGUCCAAUGCAAAGCAGCCAGGUACGUCGAGCGGUCCAUGGUUUACUCACUCGCGACCUACCGCUCUACAUGCCAUGUCGAUGUCGAACUGUACAAACAAACGAUCCUCUGGGGCGAGGUGCUGGGUGCUUGAUGUCGCGCCCGGAUAACACUGCCGAAUGGGACUCCUCGGGCGCAACCUCCACCGACAACAAUGGGCGUCCAGUUGUGUGGGCUCAACUCACGCGAAUCUAUUUAGCCAUUCCAGCAGCCCCGAUCCGCGUCAGGUUUCAACCAAGAAUCAGACCUGGUGCUCCCAGGUUAACCCCAACAUUCCAUUUGGGACAUACGGUGGAUCAAUGUGCUGAGGGUUGUUUCGAAGCCUCUUCCGAUUCGGAGCGAGAAAUAACGGCUGAUGAGGACAGCGACCCUGACCAUUGUUGA